CACACCCAAUACAAUACACAACUCUUCUUCACAUAAAAUCUUCGAUGGCAAUUCCCAAAUUUCUUGUAGCUUCAAUCUUUCUUGCUCUUCUAGCAGUCCAUGGAGUCCAAGCACUCCAAUCCAAUCAAGUGACUAGCAAAGUUGCACCAGAAGAUGCAUCUUCCUCAAAAAUUGAUUGCAAGAGUGCUUGUGCAGAGAGAUGCAAGCUAUCAAGCAGGCCAAAUCUAUGCAAGAGGGCGUGCGGAACUUGUUGCGCCCGGUGCAACUGCGUGCCUCCGGGCACAUACGGGAACUACGACGCCUGCCCGUGCUACGCUUCAUUGACCACUCACGGCAACAAGCGCAAGUGCCCUUAAUUGAUCACGUCGUUCUCGACGAUAAAAUUCUCUUUAUAUCUUGAAAUUCCACUUGUAUUAAUAUGUUUAUUUUGUAUUUUUUUUCCUCUUCUUAUCGUAUUCAUAUUCCUAUCGUGUGUAAUUUGAUUGUAACAUAAAAUAAAUAAAUAAAGAACAUGCAUGCGUGUAGCAACAUUUGUUGUGCACCUUGUUCAA